GUUUUGUUAUAUUAUUAGAGUUAAAUGUGCUCAAAUCGAGAUAUCUCCACAAGUACUAGAAGUAGUCUGUCAGACGAAAUCAAUUUAUUCCUGUUACAGGCAAAUAGAUACCGAAGAAAACAACUGGUGUGUGAGUGAUGAAUUUUGGCAGUGAGUUUGUUUACGUGGGUGUUGAGGAGGAUGAGGAGGUGCCGGACGAUUGGAGCACUGGCUCGGAAGAUGAGGCCGACGUCACUGAAGAUGGUGUGCCAGUACUGCUGGAUAUCUUAGACACCGCUGGUCAGGAAGAAUAUUCUGCUAUUAAAGAGCUGUGCAUGAGAACAGGUGAUGGAUUCUUCAUCAUAUACAACAUCACAAACAGAGAAUCGUUUACAGAAGCCACUGCAAUGUUUCGGUGGCUGCAGCGAGUCACUGGCGAAGACCACUCCCGUGCUAUUCUCUGUGGUAAUAAAAGUGACUUGGAGGCUUCCCGUGUUGUAGAGAAGAGAGAAGGCGCCGCUUUGGCCCAAACUCAGAGUGUACCUUUCAUCGAGACAUCAGCCAAGACAGGAGAGAAUGUCAUAAAGGCGAUGGAAACGCUUGUGAAGACUCUCCCUCGUGCAAGUAAUGACUACAAGAUUGUCAUGCUUGGCUCUGGUGGUGUAGGGAAGUCCUCCAUUACAGUCAUGUUUGUGCAGAACAUAUUUGUUGACAAUUAUGACCCAACCAUAGAAGAUUCCUUCAGGAAGAUGGUCAACAUCAAAGGUCUUGGACCAAUUGAUUCUGAUGCCAGGGCUGCCAAAAAGGAGAAGAAGAAGAAAAAGAAGAAAUCAAAAGCUACACCAUCACCGCCAUUAUCUUAUGCAAGUCCAAACAUGCUGUGUUCAAAUAUUGAUCCAGCCAUGCAGGGUUCAUUUGCAAAACAGAAGUCUGGUGGGUUUUUAUCCAGUUUGCGACGGACUCUAAGUGGUAAGAAAAAGAAAGCACCACAUCAACCAGUAGUCCAGCAGAGAGCUGAUCCAGUAUUUGGAGGACCUCCAGAACCACCAUCUGCAGUAAAGUCUGCAACCCCACCUGCUGCCAAGAACCUUCAAUGCAAGAAGCUGGAUGGUAACAUAGUGCAUGUUGCACUGGGCGAGCUGGCCGAGGAGCCCAAUCAGGUUACUGGAGACCCAGUCCGGUGUAGUCGGUGUAAAGCUGUGCUCUGCAGUACAUCAACUAUUACCGGGGAAAGUGGUGACAGGGUCUGGAAAUGUGAGUACUGUUACAAUGAGAACAAAAACAUUGACAUGAGCCAGGAAGAGAUUCCAAAAGAUGACAGGUUUGACUACAUGUUGUCACCCCCUGAUGAAAGAACAGAGGAAAGUGGUGAUGCUGAGAAACCUGCCAAGCUGGAGAAGAAACCUGGCAUCAUCAUCUACUGUAUGGACGUCAGUGGGUCGAUGCAGAUGCAGUUUCAGGUAUCUGAGAUGCAAGCUGCGUGGCGUCAGGAGAGGACUGGGGAGAGAGACAAUGUUAACGCUGUGAGUCGCUUGGGUUGUAUCAAAGAGGCUGUACAAAGAUUGUUGGAGCAACUAAGAAUUGAGCAACCUGAAAAGCCUGUUAUGUUGGUUACAUUUGGCUCUGAAAUUUGCAUAUAUGGAGAUGGGUCAGCAAAACAGAAAUCAUUUUAUGGAUCAUCAGCAGAAUCAAGAGAUUUUGACAAGCUGAUAGAAAAGGGUAUCUCUUAUGCUAGAAAGAUUCAGCUGAGACCACUGGAUGAGGCUUACGAUGAUUUGCAUAGAACAGUUGGUGAUCUGAACACAACAGGGUGCACAGCACUGGGUCCAGCUCUGACGUUCUGUGUUGGUUUUGUUAGCAAAAUGCCCGGUUCAGAGGUCGUGCUCUGUACUGAUGGCAUGCCAAACGAAGGUAUUGGGUCUCUACAGGGUCAGAGUCAACAUGGGCAAAAGUUUUAUGAAAAGGUUGGCCAAUAUGCAAGGUCAAAGGACGUGAUUAUCAAUCUUUUAGCUGUGGAAGGGGAACCCGUAGGACUUCAAUAUGUCAGUAUGUGCGCGAUUGCGUCUGGUGGAUCAGUGAACAUGUUGAACCCAUUGGAAAUAGUGCGACAGCUUCGACUGAUUGCACAGAACGCCGUUGUAGCCACAGGAGUCAAUGUGACGUUCUUACUGCAUCCUUCAAUGGUCUUUAUGGAGGAUGGGUAUCCUUCUGACAUGAGUCGCCUGGUGAAAGAAGUUGGUUCUGCCUUGAAAGACACAGACCUGACAUUCAGAUUCAAGACAAAAAACAAUGAACAGCUUAAUGUCUCUUCAGUCCCUUUCCAGGUCCAGAUUGAGUACACUCGGAAAGACGGCAUGAAGUGUUUGAGAGUCUUGUGCAAGAGUCACACAGUCACAAAGGACAGGAAAACCAUGGAAGAGGCCUUGGACAUGGCGGUUGUUGGUUUGGAAGCCAUACAAACCUCAGGCCAGCUUUUGAAAAAAGGAAAAGCUGAAGAAGCUAAAGCUAACAUAAUAUCUGCAAAACGUGUGAUGUCUCGUAACUGCAAAACCUCGAGCCAAAAAGAGGAUAAAUACACAUUUUCCAGAAAUGUAGAUAAUAUUCUAGAAGACUUGACUGAAAAUGCACAAGACUGGGCUACUGGACAGUUACAGGACAAGUCGGCAAAUGUUUUUGCAGGAUCAGAGAGGAUGGCUUUCCAUAAAAUGAAGGGAGGGAGCAGCAAAGCUGAAGUCGUUCAGAAACGAAAAGCAGAUAGCAAAGUCCGAGAUAUGUAUUAUGGCUACCAGUACUGAGCACAUGUACAUACUUCCAGGAGUUUAGCUCAGCAUAUCCUGUUAUCAGUAUACAUUUAUCUCAGCACAUGAGGUCAAUGUAGCUCAAUAAAUGCUGUCACCAGUGUACAUGACUUAACUGCACAUAGUUUGAAAUAUUUUACAUUUCAUCAUCAGCAUAUUUUGGACUUUAUCAAAAUGACCGUAUGUUUGACAUCCAAUAGCUGAUGAUUCAGGGCUACCUCUGGGUGAGCAAAACAAUUCGCCAAAUUAUCUAUUAAACUUAAAAAAUUCCAAAAAUUGUCAGUUAUUUUCUUAAAAAUGUCAAUUAUUACAUAAAAUUAUUUCACCAAAUUAAAAUAAAAGACCUCACCAGACAUAUACAUUAAUUACAAGUGAAACUGUGGGCAGCAAUACCCGGCAGUAUUGUGAUCAUACCUCCUUGCAGGUGUUAUAUUCAUAAAUAUGUGUUUAGAAAGAAGAAGAGGAGAGGAAAAUAAGGAAAAUAAAGGAGCUUGGAUCAAAUACAGCUAUGCACUGUCUUUAGAAUGUUGUAUGCUGUUCAAGAAAAACUAUUUAAUGGUUAAACUAGAUUAUAUCAUUUUUUUUUUUUUUUAUCUACGUUAGGUAAAA